UUUGAAAAUCGUACCCGGAAGUGCAUACGCUUCAAUUAAAGCCCCCGCCAGCAGCAGCAGCAGCACCGGAGGAGCUGCAGGAGGAUUAUCUGCUGUUUGUUCCCGCACCGGUGCGUUAAUGACAAAUCUGCCCGCAGAUAUCGGAGACCGCCUGUCGAUCCGUCUGCGGCGGACGAGACCUGACGGCAGAUUGAACCGCACCCAGGAGUUUGGUCAGGGCCAAAGCCUGGUGUUGGUCCGUUUGGUCCCCGAGGGUUCGAAUAUGGCUCUGUCAUUCCUUUUGGUCUUGGCUGCCACUGUGAUCCUCAUCAGACCUGAGACACCUGUAACUAAGGCCUUACACCAGAACUCUCUCGAGUGCUGUGGUGACAAACUGAGAGUGAACAAUUCCUGUUCAAACGACACUCACUGUGAGCCAGGCUGCUUCUUGCGUGUCCUUGACAACAGCAACACAAUUUGCAUCUUCUGUGACUCAGCAUCCGUGGACCUGGAAAACAUAACAGUGUGCACCUACAACUACACAGUGGAGCGGAAGAAUCAUACAACUGUAACCACAGUCACUCCCAAAAUUGGAGGGCCAGGCGUGGCAGCCUCUCUUCUUCUGGGAACACUGUUGAUCAGCCUGUUCCUGAUCCUGUCUGUCGCCUCCUUUUUCUACCUCAAACGCUCCAACCGACUCCCGGGCAUCUUCUACCGCCGCAAUAAAGCCUUCAUUUUCCAACCAAGUGAGACAGCUGUCAUGAUUCCGUCCUCAUCAGUGAGGAAGCCAAGAUAUGUCAGAAGGGAGCGUCCCUCUGCAACACCAACGGUGAACAGUGCCACAGUCCCCACAACGUCCACCACUCAAGUCUAUAAUGUGUAAGAGGGCGGUGGCAGUGUCGGUGCAGGUGGGAGAGAAAGCUCAGGAACGAUGUUAGAUUUUCUCAUCAAUCGUGUAGAAAGAACAGGUGGUCAAAUUAAAUUUUUUUUAAUUCAAUUGUCUCUCAUUGACGGAGCCAUCGACUUGUGAAUAUUAAAUUAUUUUUUUCUUUUAAAUAAGCAGACAUAUGAUAACUAAGAUAUCCCAGGUAAAAUCAUUUAAAAAUGCUCUCUGUAAAUUUAAAACAUUGCAGGUCGGUAUGAAUAGACUUAUCAUUCAGGAUCACUCUUAAAGCAGAACACGUGAAACCGUUUGUUAAAGGAAUAAUUGGACAUUCCGGGAUAUAUGCGUAGCAAGUGACGCUGAUAUUUUGGACAGAGUGACAUUUGAUGGAUUUUUUUUAUGAGUUCGCUGAAUAGGAUUUUUUUUUUCUUAUGUGUGAUAUUUAUUUGGUUUUGUAAGGGUGCACUGAAUUUGACCAAUUAGACGGACAGAAUAGAUAUUUAAUGUGACGAAUAGAAAUAGGAUUCUUCUGGUGGACCGGGACGUUGUAGGGAGAGUUACUGUGGCCACUGUAUUGAUAAUUACUUCAUUGACUUUGUGUUUUUAUUUUUGCGUUUGUAUUUACUAUUUUUGUGAGCUCAAGCAAGUUGAAUGUAUUUUACAUGUAUAACAAAUCAUGCAUCGCAGUAACAUGGAUUAUUUAUUACAUUCCACAGAAGACCCACUUAAGACUCAGAGGCCAUAAAAAAAAUCAAUUUUUUUUUGCAGGAAAUUCUGUGAUCCUUCUAAAACUUAACAGAAGUUUGUUCCAUGAAGUUAAGUUUAAUGCCAAAAUAUUUUUCUCUCAGAACAUAACAUUUUUGAAUCCUUCUGCACUUUAGUAAUCUGAGGUCAUCAGCUAAUGUUAGACCUUGAGUUUUUUUAAAAGAAAUUCUCAAAAUAAUUUGCCAUCGAGUGUGAUUGAGAUUGUUUUGUUGUAUAACUGGCAACAUUUCUGUUGCAUUGUGAACGUUACUUGACUACUAUUACCUUUGCCAAAUGUUCUCUGAAGAAACUGACUCGUGAUGUGUGCCAUUACUGUGAUUACUGUGCCAUUCUGAGCUUUGAAUGCAGCCGGGAAACCUUCAGUCAUGACGUGUUGAAUAAUUGUGUGUUUGAAUAAUAUCCAGUGGCCUUUACUGUGCACAACUCAAAAACCAAGGCUAGUUAUCCAAGUUUUAUUUGCAACGUGGUAUUUUAUUUAAUAUAUUUUUAUAUCUUGACAACACUGAGGCCAUAAAAAGUCAUUUCCAUACGUUGAGCGAUCAGAAGUGCGCCAGUUAAAAGGCGCCGACCAUUCCCUGAAUAUUCCCCCUUUACGCUUUGUGUUUGGUGUUUGUACAGACAACCAUUAGCUGAAUACAUGUAAAUAUUGUUUUAUACAAAUGAUGUAUUGCUUUUGUAAUGAUGUACAUAUUUUUGUUUCAAUGCCAUGAAGAAUGUUCUGAAGACGUAUGCAUAGUUUGCAGAAAUAAAGCACCUUUCCACUGUUA